AUUGGAAUAAGGACGAAGGAUAAAACAAGAUUUAGCAGAGCAGUCAUAUUUUAUCCAGAGGAACCAUGGCCAAUAUCUGACCAGCAUCUUAUAGACUACAUCGCUGAAAACUUGGAUAUUAGAUAUGACGUUAUCAGUAAUCUUGUAAACGAUUGGCAAAACUUUACCGCAAAAAUUACAAUGAGGAAUGUUGGAACUCGUGAUCUGUCUUAUGGAAACUGGGAACUAUAUUUCUACUCAAUACGCCUCAUACAGCCAAAUGAUUUUCCUUACCGACAUGGUCACUUAUUACAGGAUUGCAAUAUGAGGGUUUAUCAUGUUGGAGGUUUUUUACUUAAACUCACACCUGCAAGUCGACAUUUUUCAUUAAAGAGUCACGCUAACUCGAUAUGCACACUUGUUGCAAAAUACUGGCAAUCUGCCAGGACAGACUGUAUGCCGAACUGGUACGUCACAGCAGAGGGCAUGCAGGCAAAGGAUAUAAAGUCAACUCAAAAUGAGGCUCUGACCUAUGUUGGACCUUUCAUUACGCCUGCGCAGUAUCGCCGUUAUCCAGAGGAUACCUAUCAUCCAUACACGCCAGAAGAGAGAUAUAAUCUGAAUGAGGCUUUAACAGUGCCUGGGAUAAAUUCAAAACGUAUUAUACCAACUCCUGUCAACAUUUCUCUAAAAGCAAGUUCAGUGACCAUCGAUCCAUCAUGGGUUGUUCUAAACAGUACAAAGUGCAACAGGGGAAUAAGGUUAAUAUCUGAACUCUUUGGUGCCACUAUUGGGAGCAUUAAACCGCCAUCUAAAUUUAUUGAAAUAAAAACAGUGAACAAUUUAAAUAUUCUUGGAAUGAAAGAAACACUGGAUGAAGCCUAUUGGAUUGAUAUAACGAAAUCAUCUGUAACUAUAUCCGUGAGAACCCCUAUGGGCGUGUUCUAUGCCUAUCAGUCACUGCGGAGCUUGACAAAUGGAGGAAAGAUACUUCCGCUUGGUGUCAUUAGAGAUCAGCCUCGAUUUGAAUACAGGGGUAUGCAUGUCGAUGUAGGACGAAAUUUUCAUUCCAAAGAAGAUAUUAUGAAAAUCCUUGACGCCAUGGCAAUGUAUAAAUUAAACAAGUUUCACUUUCACUUGACGGAGGACGAGGGCUGGAGAGUUGAGAUUCCUGGUCUACCUGAACUCACAGAGGUAGCUUCCAAACGUUGUCAUGAUCCGAUGGAGGAUGAGUGCAUAUUUCCUCAGUUAGGAUCUGGGUCGGGACAAAGCGGACUCGGUUCUGGAUUUUACACAGUCGAGGAUUAUAAAGAAAUACUCCGUUUCGCCAACGACCGCCAUAUUGAAGUUAUUCCUGAAAUCGAUAUGCCUGGACAUUGUCGUGCAGGAAUUAAAGCAAUGGAGGCGCGGUUCCGGAAGUACAUGAAAUUCGGAAACAAGACUGCAGCACGGGAAUACCUUAUGACAGACUUCCCUGACAAAACAGAAUACCUUUCCGUGCAGAUGUUUACAGAUAACGCCAUUAAUCCCUGCAUGGACUCCACGUUUGCUUUCAUAAAGCAGGUUAUAAGAGCAUUCAAAUUUAUGCAUGCAGAUAUUCAACCGCUGAAGAUGUAUCAUUUUGGAGGUGAUGAAAUAGCAGGUGCUUGGAAAGAUUCCCCCGAGUGUCAGAGGUUCUUGAGUAAAUCAGGACUGAAGAAUGUAGGCGAACUUAAGAAGUAUUUUGCUCAUAUGAUGGCCAGGAUAACGGACAAUUAUGGACUUAAUGUAGCAGCCUGGGGCGAUGGACUGAAGGAUGGCCCCAAGCCUUACGAUCCGUCUGAAUUUCCUACUAAAAGAGAUAUAACGGCCUAUAAUUGGGAGAACGUCUGGGAAUGGGGACAGGGCGAUAAAGCUUAUAAACUGGCUAAUGCUGGAUAUAAGGUUGUGCUCGGGCACGCAACUCAUUUAUAUUUUGACCAUCCAUACGAGCCCGAUCCCGAGGAACGAGGUUUCUACUGGGCCACGAGAUUUACCGACACUCGGAAAACCUUUGACUUUGUCCCCAGCAAUAUAUAUUAUAAUGCCGACAAAGCCGGCAACGGGAAACCUCUGACUCCAGAUCAGAUCUGUACAAACAAUGGCACCUGUCUACAGCUAACAAAACCAGAAAAUAUCAUAGGCAUGCAAGGUCAUAUCUGGACGGAAACGGUUCGUACAGCUGAUCAACUACAGGAAAUGGUAUUUCCUCGCCUUAUAGCCCUAGCAGAGAAAGCAUGGCACAAAUCUUCAUGGGAAAACAUCGAAAAUAAGGAUGAGCGGAUCAGAAAAACAAAUGAAGAAUGGACUUCGUUCGCAAUGGCGUUAGUUGAAAAGGAGUUGAGACGCUUAGAAAAUAUGGGAAUCGGAUACCACAUUCCUGUUCCGGGGGCUAGAAUGAUAAAUAAGAAUAUACAUGUCAACACGGCACUUCCUGGCUUGUCGGUUCAAUACAGCAGUGAUAAUAAACAAACAUGGAAAGAUUUCCCUCUCCGUAAUAAGAUUUCAGCAUUGCCUAUGGGAAAGGAAAUAUUUUUCCGGACUAAGUCGGUGGACGGAAGUCGAUACAGUAGAGUGGUGUCCUUCAGACCAUAAGAACUUGAAUAUACUUCUCCUACAUACUCAUAAACCUGAAGUCAGAGAACAGCCAUCCUUUCACUCUUUGUUAUCAACAGUGAUAAUGACUGUAAUAUUCACCCAUAGUUUAUUACUGACAUAACGCUUUACUUUCAUUUAUUUUAAAUUGCACAUGUUGAUCUAAAGAGUUAUUUCAGUUUAUUAUUCUUCAUCAAUAAAAGGGACAUAA